GCCACAAAUAAGAAUUUUGGGUUCACCUAUCUCAAAAUUAAACACAUCAAACUUCCUCCAGGUGAUGGUAGAAAUGUCGAUUCAAGAGAUGAAAAUGGAGAGAUCAAGAACGAUGAUCAGAGCGACGUCGUUUCAUCAAGAUCAGCACCCGAGUCAAAAUGCUCGAGGACAAGGAGAGGAAGCUUGAGCUCCGGCUCUUCGAAUUCUACGGUAUCAAGGAGCAAGAAACCGCGGUCAUCGUGCUCCAGAACCGCCUCCGUUUGAACACCAUGGAGGCCAAGCUCAAGAUUCAGUCCUUGAUGUUGGACAUCAGGCGGCUCGAGGCUCAGGCCGCGGAUCAUGCCAAUGCCACGGCCGAGCUCCAGGCCGCCAAUGCCAAGAUCAAGGUGCUGAGAAAGAAGAUCAAGUCAGAGGGCCAGAAGAACGUGGAGAUGAAGAUGCAACUCGAGGAGGCGUGCGAGUUGAGGUUGGAGUUGGAGGUGAUGAAGAAGUGCGACGAGGUUUUCAAGUUGGAGAACAUCGAGCUUGUGCAGAAGCCAGAGUACGUGCAAAUGCUCACAGUUGACAACGAAGAGUCAUGUUCGAACAGAUGGCGGAGCUAAAAGAAGAGAGCCGCCGUCUACAGCAAGAGAACAAAGAUUUGAAAGACGAGAUCCAACGUCUGAACGCGACAGACUUAGAAGAACUCGUCUUCCUACAAUGGAUCAACACGUGCCUCCACAAGAACUACGAGCCGGCCUCGGGAAAGAACCUUUGCCCCAAGUCCGAGAAAAAGGUGAAGAAGCUCCUCCUCGAAUACGCAAACAAACAAGGCAAGAGCAUCGACUCCAACUACCUAGAA